AUGCAAACUGAAGUUCCUACAUUACCUGUAGUACACUUCAAUGCCUAUAAGAAUCUCAAUAGAAAACAAAAUUCUAACUUAGGAAGACCAUCAGUGGAAACAAAAGUUAAUUCAUCUGACAAAAAUGUAGCAUAUUUUUCAUCUAAGAAAAAGAAUUUACACCCUUUACUUGGACAGCCAUAUCAAAGUAAUGUUCAACAUCAUUCUUCUUUAGAACAAUCGAAGCUUAAAAAAAAUAGUAUUGAACAGGGAGUUGUAUCUGCAAAAAUGUUGCGCAUUAAAGAAUUGCAAAAUCAGUUGGCUGAUGCACACUAUCAAUUAAAUGAAUUAGCAAAUGAAAACAAAUUAUUGAAAGCAUUACAGAAGAGACAAGAUUCUGCAUUAAAACGUUAUGAAGGAACAAAUGCUGAACUUCCACGAAUUAUUAAUUCUCAUCAUGAAGAAUUGAGAGUACUUCAGACAAAGUACAAAAGGUUAAAAACUUUACAAAAGGAAACAUGUGAUUUAUUAAAAGAAAAGCAAAAUGAGCUUCAACAGUUACAGUCACAAAAUAAACAUUUAUUACAACUUAGUAAAGACCGUAAUUUGGGAGAGAGGGAAAAAUUACAAUUAGAAGUUUCUGAUUUAAAUCAUAGAAUACAACAACAACAAGAUACUAUACAGACACUACAUAAAAAACUGGCUCUUGAAACUAAAAGUUUAAAACAGCAAUUACAUCUAGAAAUUUCUAAGCGAAAAGAAACCCAAAAAUAUUUAAAUGAAAAAACAGAAAAAUUAAAAACUUUAGAAAAUUUAUUAGACAACAGAGAACGAAGAUUAUAUUAUAGUGGACAAUUAUUGCUUCCUGAUAAAAACCGACGUUUUGGCACACAAUCUCUUACAAACUUAAGAGAUAUUAGCUCAUCAAAUCCAUUAAAAUUAUCAGAUAAAAACAAAAAGUGGCAAACAGAUGUUCAAAAAUACAGUUUGCCUUUGCUUCAUACAUCUGAGUUAAAUGAUAAAAAUAUCAAAAUAGGUGAAAUGAUAAAUCCAAAUCAAACUGCAGAUUGUACAAAAUCUGAAACAAUGACAAAUUUAGAACAAGUACGAAGGUAUCGUCUUCAAAAAUCACCAUACAAAAAUAUGUUAAAUAAUCCGGAAGAACAAUCUAAAGAAUUAGACAGCCCGAUAAAUGAAAAUUCAAAACAAUUAGAACAACAACAAAAAGAAAUUCAGAAAUAUCAAAUAAGUGGAAAUAAAUUUAGAAAAAUGUAUAACAAUCGAAAAUAUCAUAAUUUUAAUAAAUUAUUAGAGAAAGAACUUGUUGAUUCAUCUGAAGAUAGUGAAAGUGAAAAUGAAAAUGAAAAUGAUAAAGAUAAUUACGUAAAUGUAUCUAGUAACUCUAAACAAUUGCAUACAAGAUUAAUUAGUAGUGCAGAUGACACUUCAGAUUCAAAGGAAUUAAGAUUUCCUAAUUGUAAAUAUAGAGAUAAAUUAAAAGUUUUGGUAAAGGAGAGAGAAAAUUCUUAUGGAAGUGAUUCAGAAUUAGAAUCUGAGAUACGAAAACAGCCAUUGAAACAAUAUCUGUCAAUGAAUCAUCAAAAUGAUACACUUCACUUAAUUUCAUCUGUCUGUAAUAAUCAAAUUCAUUAUGAUUCUGAUAAAGAAAUAGAAAAAUUAACAACUUCUUCAAAAAAUAUUUUGAAUGGAUCACAAAAUCUUUAUCAGAAUUUAAUUGAUGACGUACAUAUGCAAGCUAAAAAUGUAGAGGAGCAAAAUAUAUAUGCCCAAUAUGAUAUAAAAAGUAUUGAAAUGGAUUAUAAAAAUUCAGAAAAUAUAGAAAACUACGUGUUUGAACAAAAUGCAUCUGAAGUACAAGAAUAUAGUAAUGAAAGUAUAACCAAAGAUGAUCCUAAAAGUGAAUCAUUAUUACAAACAUAUUCUAAACCUGAGCAUAAUAUAUUGUUCACAACUAAUAACAUAAAAUCAGUAGAUAUUACAUCAGAAAUAUCACAUAUAAAUGAUUCUAUUAUUAAUGAUUCGCAACGAAAAUCUUCUACGAAAAACUUAUUAAAUUUUUCAAAGAAUUUGGAUAAAACAACAACAAACAGAGCAGACACAACAGAAAUAGGAAUAACAAGCAAAAAUAUAUUUCUUCAAAACUAUAAUUUAGAAACAAAGAAUAAAUUAAAUAAACAAGAAUUAGAUAAAAAAUUGGAAAGUAUUGAUAUGGUUUCGUAUGAUGUCCAAUCUCUUGAUAAUAAUUUAGUUCGUGAUAUACUGACUGAUGUUAGUACUACAACUGAAAAUAAUGUUAAAACAAAAAUAACUAAUUAUAACAAAGAGAAGUUACUAGCAUCAAUGAAAGCUAUUGAUGAUAAUGAAAAUAUUGAAUUUUUAAACCCAGAAUAUGAAAAACAUGGUGUAAUAGUUAAAAAACAAAUAACAGAAAAUGUAUACUAUGAUUUACCAUCUCACAUGAAGAAAAAGCAAGACAUUAUUAAAGAUAUAUUUGACACUGAUGUAAUAAAAAACGAAUCAACUGAUAGUUGUAAUAAAUUACGUGAAAAUGUAAAUGAACAAGAAGAAUACUGAAGUACUUGCAAAGUCAUAGUGAAAACAUAAACUGUUCAAAUAAUCUUAGUAUGUAUUAUAUUUUUUUUUAUAAUACAAACAUUACUAACACACACACGCGCGCGC